AUGGAUGUGACACGUAGUGAAAUAGUUAAUCGAGGUGUUCAAUAUAUUCUCGACUCAGUUGUGCAGGCAUUAGUUGACAACCCUGAUCGUCGGUUUAUCUAUGUCGAAAUGGCUUUCUUUUGGCGUUGGUGGAAUGAACAAUCGGACGACAUGCGUAACACCGUCAAGCAGCUUGUCAAUGAAGGCCGUCUGGAAUUUAUCUCCGGUGGUUGGACUAUGCAUGAUGAAGCAACAACACACUACAAUUCGAUUAUUGAUCAACAUAGUUUAGGUGCUGAAUUCUUGCGUGAUACAUUCGGCGAGUGCGCUCGACCAAAAAUUGGCUGGCAAAUCGAUCCAUUUGGUCAUUCACGAGAAGUUGCUUCACUUUUUGCACAGGCUCACUUCUAUGCAAGCAAUCAUAUUAUUAUGACAAUGGGCGAUGAUUUUCAAUAUCAAAAUGCCAAUGAGAACUUCCGAAAUUUAGAUAAAUUAAUCCAUUAUGUUAACAUUGAGCAAGAGAAUGGUAGCAAUGUCAAUGUCUUUUAUUCAACACCAUCAUGCUAUUUAUAUGCCUUGAAUAAAGCCGAAAAAAAAUGGAUAUCGAAAAGCGAUGAUUUCUUUCCAUAUGCCAGUAUUCCAUUUACAUACUGGACCGGCUAUUUUACUUCAAGACCAGCAUUAAAACGUUAUGAACGUUAUACAAACAAUAUUCUUCAAGUAACUCGUCAACUCAACGGAUUUUCACAGACCAAUCUUCGCAAUAACAUUUUUGAUCUAAGUGAAGCAAUGGGCAUUGUCCAACAUCAUGAUGCAAUUAGUGGAACAGAGAAACAACAUGUAGCCAAUGAUUAUGCUCAACGAUUGUCUGAUGGUAUCGACCGAGCAGUGGAAGUGAUCAAUGAUGCAUAUGCGAAACUAUUGCCCAAAGAAAGUCAAACAUCAGUGAUCGCCCGUCAAUUUCUCUGUCCAUACGCGAACAUUAGUGAAUGUCUGCCGAUUGAGGGACAAGAUCAAUUCACGUUGACACUCUGGAAUCCAACUAUUCAUCCGGUAACAAUUCAUCCUCGGGUACCUGUCACUCGAGAAUAUUUAAUUCGUGAUCCGAUAGGAAAUCUUGUUCCAGCUGAGUAUCUUCCAAUUUCGGACACUACAAAAAAUAUUCCUGGCCGAACGAGUUCUGCUCAGUAUCAGUAUCUAUUUCAAGCAUCAUUGCCAGCGCUUGGCUACAAUACCUAUUAUUUUGAAGCAACAGGUUUUUCUGGCGAUCCUACUACUCCAGAAUUUCCACCAUCAGGUGCUUAUAUAUUCCGACCGUUUAUUUCCGAGGCAGUACCUGUCAGUCUUUCACGUAAAAUAAAUUGUACAAAAACAGAUAUCGUACAAAAAGCAUCGAUUAUUUUUAAUGAAUGGGUUAGUCAAGAGAUUAGUCUCUUCCGUGGAAAAUCAGAGAUUGAACUCGAAUGGACAGUUGGACCAAUUCCAAUCGAUGAUAAUAUAGGCAAAGAGAUUAUUAUUCGUUAUAAUACCAAUAUUGAGAGUGCAUCGAAAUAUUAUACUGAUGCUAAUGGACGUGAAGUUCUUGAACGUAUUCGUAAUCAUCGACCAACAUGGCCUUAUUUUGUUGAUGAACGAAUUAGUGGUAAUUAUUAUCCGAUUAAUAGUCGAAUAUGGAUUCGAGAUCGUGCUCGUCAAUUGACUAUCCUUACCGAUCGAUCCGAAGGUGGUGGUAGUAUGUAUGAUGGUUCCAUCGAAAUUAUGGUUCAUCGUCGAAUACUACAUGAUGAUUCACUGGGUGUUGGUGAAGCUUUAAAUGAGACUGCCUAUGGCAAAGGUCUUGUUGUUUCUGGUAAACAUAUUCUUCUUGUGGAACGACCAACAGAUAGUGCUCGACUACAUCGAAUUGGUGCUCAACAAUUGUUUAUGCAUCCUCUGGCGACCUAUUCAUUGUCAAAUACAUCAUCUUAUGCUAACUAUUCGAAUAUUUAUCGUCAAAGUUGGUCGGCUAUUUCGGAUGCAAUGCCAUUGAAUGUACACCUAUUAACAUUCGAUCAAUUAAGUCCUAAACAAUAUCUUGUACGUGUUGAGCAUUAUUUUGAAUUGAACGAAGAUGAAAUCUACUCACAACCGGUGACGAUCGAUCUGCAAACAUUAUUUAAAAGCAUUGGUACUAUUGCUGAAAUGAUUGAAUUAAUACUGAGCGCGAAUUUGCCACUGUCCGAACUACAUCGACUCGAUUGGAUGACAAAAGACGAAGAAUCAUCAUAUGUCAAUAUGUUUCGCAUUGAUUUUGCAUUAAUGUACUUGCCAGCCAUUGUCUCUGUUGGAUUGUAUUUCGAACAAAAACGUGCAUUUGCUAUGGGUAUCGCUGUAUGUGGUUCAGGCGUGGGUACAUUUGUACUUUCCUAUAUUAUGAAUGAAAUGGUCAAUAUACGCUCGUGGGUCAGCUAUACAAAUGCAUUGCUCGUCGAAGCCGGUAUCGUCUUGUUUGGUCUUUUAUGUGGUUCCUUGAUGUUUCAUCGAAUCCCUUUUUUGAGAUUAGUCGAAUCAAUGUUACCCGAUAUCACCAGUGAGAAAUCAUCAACCAAAUCUUUUCUCGAUCAAUUAAUUGAACAAAUUGAUCUCAAUCUACUCAAAAUAUCGCAUUUACACUAUUUGCUAUAUCGAGUUUUUUUGACAAGUCUCGGUUUCAAUGCAGUUUAUAAUUUUGCUGGUGAUCUCGCAAAUGAUUCAAAAGUCAUAAAAGAUCAACGAACAUAUAUUGUUAUGUCAAUUGGUUUAUCGAAUAUAUUCGGUCGUCUUAUUAUUGGUUAUUUAGGUGAUCAAAAAUGGGUAAAGAAGCCUUGGUUCAAAUGCCAGUUUCAUGAUGCCAACGAAACGUCUAUUAAGAAACCUGAUGAAUUUGGAAUCACCGAGAAAGACUACGCUCCACUAUUGAACAUCAACGAUGUUGUUGUGGAUCGUAUUCAAGGUUCAUUGUUUGGUUUGGCUGUAGGUGAUGCUCUAGGUGCUCAUGUUGAGUUCAGACCUCAUGAUUAUUUGGUUGAUAAUCCAGUGAAGGACCUAGUAGGAGGAGGAACAUGGGGUUUAGCAAGAGGACAAUUCACCGAUGAUACGUCGAUGGCACUUUGUUUGGCGAUUUCGCUUAUUGCUCGUCAAGACUUUGUUGCAUAUGAUCAAUUAGUCCGGUAUAAAUGGUGGUAUCGACAUGGUUACAUGUCAUCGACUGGUCAUUGUUUCGACAUUGGGGCGGCAACUAAAGAUUCCAUUGUAGAAUUUGAAAAACGUCAAAAAAAUUUUUCACAGAAACAUAAUAUUCCUUUAGAUCAAAUAGACUUUUUGUCUGAUCGCGAUCUUAUUGAAGCAUUCAAUGUAGAAUGUAGUCAAAGUGGUGUGGCUGGAAACGGAGCUCUGAUGCGUCUCGUACCUGUACCAAUCUUCUUCUUUCGAGAUCCGGUAAUUGCUGUCGAAUAUUCGGGCAUAAGUGGUAAAAUUACUCAUGGAGAUGACAAAGUUUAUGAUGCUUGUUCUUACUAUGGAGCUCUCAUCAUAGCUACCCUUAAUGGUACAAAGAAAGAGGAAUUGCUCAGUGAAAACUUUUACGAUAAUCAUUUGGAAUGGUUUGGUGGUCGAACUCUUCAUUCUGAAGUCAUGACGAUUGUUCGAGGAUCGUAUAAACAAAAAGUAGGUGGCUACAAAGAUGGAAUUCGAGGAAAAGGAUACAUUAUCAAUGCUCUAGAAGCUGCCUUGUGGGCAUUUUGGACUGAUGACAAUUGUUUCGAGAAAGGUGCACUUAAUGCAGUUAAUUUGGGUGAUGAUACAGAUACAACAGCAGCUAUUUACGGUCAAUUGGCUGGUGCUUACUAUGGAUAUAAGGAAUUACCAAAAAAAUGGUCAGAUUCUAUCUAUGCUAAGAAUUUUAUUCUUUGUGUAAGCAGCUGGAUUGCAUACGAAGGGGAACAAUGGACCAUAAACCAGAAGGCUCCAGAUACAGACCAUUUAAUAACUUUUUCUAAUCGUACUUUCUUCAAAUCGAUAGUGACUUCUUCUAUGGCACUGACUCAAAAUCUUGCUACGAAGUUUAAAACAACUACAUUGGCUCAAUAUGUAACCUCGAACACAAUUCUACGCAAGGCAAUCGAUUCCUCUAAUCGUAUAGGAUAUCUCUAUGACGGAUGGCAAGAUUGUAUUAUAGAAUCAUCCAGUAUCAGGUUGAUUACCAAUGAAAAUUAUUCAUAUCCACCAGUAAAAUGUGUAAUAAAAAGUGGCAAGAAGCUUGAAAAUCGAAAUAUCCUUCGCCUCAUUGAUUGUCCCGGUGACCUUCGAUUGAGUGUGUUAUCCAAUUUAGUUAAACCAACGGGUAUUGCUUUGGUCGUCGAUUAUCCAUUUGAAAUCGAUGAAUGCACUCGUAUCUUCUAUUAUUCUUACUUGGUUCGAAAAGAAGCCGUAAUUGACGAGAAGAGCAUUCAAAAACAGGGAGCAUGCAAAAUUCCUGCCACUCACGUCAUCACCGCAAUGGAUUGGGGUAUCGAUGUUGUGGUUCUAUUGACAUUACCGCCUGAUGAAUCGGAAGCUAUCGAUGCUGGUCUUGAUCAAAUACGCCACUGCUUGAACAUUGAGGAAUCGCUUCGUCAAAUAUCAAUACCAGAUUUCAAUGAAGUGAAAUCGUAUACGAAGCCACCAUUAGCAUGCCUUUCGAUAUUUGAAGAUGGUGGUAUUUUACUUAAUCCAUCAAAAAAAGUGUGGGAUUGGACAGACGAUAAAAGAUUAAUAUCAGGAGGCAAAAAUGAUUUUUUAGAACGUUUAUUUAAUUUUGAUAAGACCAGUAUUAAUAAUCAUCAAUUAGAAAGACUCGAAUCAAUUUUAGCUCAACAUGAAUGUGAACCGGAUGCAUUAGCUUGCAUAUCGUUCUUGUGUUCCAAACUAUUAGUGGUUCGUGAACGUGGUCGUGGUCGUGGAUACGCAAGAGGUCCUGGUAGUAGAGGUGGUCGUAGAUAUGCAAGAGGUCCUGGUAGCAGAGGUGGUCGUGGCUAUGUACGUGGCCGUGGUCAAUCUUUUGGUGGUCGAUGGUUACAAAACGAACGGUCAGACUCCAUGGAUGUUGAUGAUCAACAAACAGUAUCAGUCAAUUUCUCAGCUGAUCUUGAUAUCAAUGCUGAUCCAAAACCAUUUUUUGUAGACCCAAAGGUUACUCUAGAUCAGCAUAUUCAAGCACAAAUGACAAACUUGCCUCGUUAUGUAGCUGCGUUAUUCACACUUAAUGAAAACAGUGUUGAAAUUGGUCAGAAAGCUAAAGCAUGUGCAUUGGCUGCUGCUUGGUGCCGACAUGAUCAUACUUUAGCUAAUAAUCUUUUACGUCAUCGACAACUAUUCACUCUAACUGAAGUACUGAAAGCAGUAAUGAUGUUAGAUGCUGGUCGACAACUUCGUGCUUAUGAAAAACAAAUAAAACGUCUUGAAUUAAGUAAAAAAAAACCAAAAGCAACAACAUUGGGUAAAAUGAAAAAUAAUAUCGAUAACUUAAAUAGACUCAAAGCAUCAACUGGAUCAGUCAGUGGUGCUGUAGCUCGACAUAUUCAGCGCUGGACUCGAACAUUAACUCAACAAGAACUUGAAUAUUUUGCACUGCAUAUGCCAACAGAAUCAUGGAAAAAAUUAGCUGAUGUUGUUCAUUUUAAUCCAAGCAAAGAUUUUCCUGCUUUACCAUGGUUUUUACCAUUUUGCUUCGGUACACCAGCACCAGAAGAAACAAUGGUAGCACGUUGUCGAACUUUAACAAACGAAAAUGUAAAUGAUCUAAUUAAAGAAUUUAAAAUUCCUUAUUCACAUUUAAAACAAUUUAAAGAUCAUUUAAAUGAUAAAUCAAAAACAAGAAUAGCAGCGUAUGAAGAGAAAUUAGAUACAAUUUUAUGGUAUUACGAAGAUUUACAAUGUCCUGACGUUGAUGAUGUUAUCAGUGAAAGACUAGAAAACGGUGAAGAAAUAAGUUUACCAUAUGGUAAACUUAUGGAACGUCUGUUACUUCUUCGAAAAUUACGAGAUACUCCAAGUGAAACAGCAGCCGUUGACAAUAUUCAAGAUCAAAAUUCGGUACAAUCGAGCAAAAAUAAAUGCUAUUCUUACUUAUUAUCAGUUGCUGAAGGUCAACUUGCAAAAAUAAAAUUACCAUUAGCAUCACCCGUAGCUGUCAUGGGUGAUGCGUCAUAUUCAAUGGAUGUUGCUAUUCGUACAGCGACAAUCUUAGCAUCUUUAUUAACAGCAGUUUGUUCAGCUAAAUUAAACUUUUUCCAUACUAAAAUGUUUUUACCAGCAUUUACACCGAAAAAUAUUGAAGAUGUUCUUACAUUAGCAUUGACAACAAAAGCUCAUGGUUUAACAGCCAAUGCUGCUGGUUUAGUAUCAUAUUAUGAUAAUAAAGAAAUUAUUAAAACAUUUAUUAUGGUAACAGAUGAGAUAGAAAAUACAGAUGUUCAUACGGCUGAUGGCACACCAACACGAUUCUUUAAUUUGUUUAUGAAAUAUCGUUCAGAAGUUUAUCCAGCUAAAUUAGUAUUUAUUUCCUUCCUUGAUAAUCAACAUGAUCAGGGUCAAAUGUAUACAGAAUUUCUAAAUGCGAAUGUACCAGAUGUAAUUCAAUUCAAAUUCAAUGGACAACGUCCAGAUUUGACAAAAAUCGAUAAUCUCUUGGGACUAUUAUCGACUGAUUCAUCACAAACAUUUAGUGAUCAAUUAGAAAAACUACAGAAUGAAUUUGAACAAAGUAGUAUUGAAUCAAUUAUGACGAGCUUAAUUAAUAAACAAACGAACAAUUCUCCUUCAAAUGAAGUAUAA